AGACCGCUCGUCCCUGAACAUUAUCCAAUUUCGCUUCCCGACUCCCAUUCACCCGCACGAAGUAGGUGAUUGCUCCACAGUGGGACAGUGGGACCACGCACGUCAACGAUUCCGCGGAGGCACUUGUGCGACUACUGCAGGUUGAUGAGCUGGGGAGAUCACGAAAAACAAAAUCGAUCAUAAUUUUAUUCUGAUAUAGAUUCCGUCGCAUCAGCUUCCCUGAUUCAUCGCGCAAGAUGGCUCAGUAUUUCUUCGAUCUGCUCUACAACUUUACAGAUUGCAUGUGCUGCUUUCCGAGCACGCCGCAGCUGAAAAUCAACAAUCGCAGCUUCAAAUUAUUACGGCUCCUAGGUGAAGGUGGAUUUUCCUACGUUUACCUCGUCCAAGAUAAGGCGACAUCAGAGCUCUUCGCCUUGAAGAAGAUCCGGUGUCCAUUCGGCCAAGAAUCUGUAUCACAGGCUUUGAAAGAGGUCGAAGCCUACAACCUAUUCACAUCACAACCGAACAUCAUCCAUUCGAUAGACCAUUGCGUAUCUACGGAGCCGGGCUCGAAGUUUCGUUCCGAUGGCGGCGAACCAGGAUCGAAAACCGUCUACAUCCUGCUUCCUUACUACCAACGCGGGAAUCUUCAAGAUGCGAUCAAUGCGAAUCUCGUGAACCAUACUCGUUUUCCCGAAAAGAGGCUAAUGGUGCUUAUGCUUGGUGUCGCCAACGCGCUUAAAGCAAUGCACCAGUAUCGGGUAAAGAGUGGCGCUGGGUCUACGCGCAGAGCCAAAGCGGUCAGACGCCAGGGCGAGGAGGCGGACGCACAGUUAUCAAUGCAAAUGGGCAAGCCGAAGCGUCGAGCAAGCCAGCGAGUAGACGAAGAAGAUUCAGAAAACGAGCCGUUGAUGGAUGACGAGGUUACUAUAAGCCAGGAGGGAGUUCAGGAGGGGGAACUUCGCCCUUAUGCGCAUAGGGACAUCAAACCUGGCAAUAUCAUGAUCGACGAUGACGGUCAGACUCCGAUCCUCAUGGAUCUCGGCUCCCUCGCGCCCAGCCCGAUUGCUAUUACCUCCCGUUCACUAGCUCUGGCCGUCCAAGAUACUGCUGCUGAGCACAGUACCAUGCCGUACCGAGCGCCUGAACUAUUCGACGUCAAGACUGGGUCAAUCAUUGACACCAAGGUCGAUAUCUGGUCCUUGGGAUGCACAUUGUACGCCUGCCUUGUAGGGAAAAGCCCCUUUGAGGCCCGAAGCGAGGAGACCGGCGGUAGUCUCAGUAUGUGUGUAUUGGGCGGGGACUGGCGAUUUCCGGAUGAGAAGCCCGGGGCUACCAAGGGUAAAGGCCGAGCUGGAGCUGAGGAUGCGGGCAAAGACAACACCGCAACCAUCAGCGAGCCAGUGAAAGAGGUAGUCCGGAAGUGUUUGCAGGUUGAGCCUGCUGACCGUCCUGACAUCGAUGAGCUCAUUCAGACCAUAAAGGACGUGAUCAAGGAUCUUUCGGAUGACGAUGGCAUCGCUUCAGGAUCAGCCUAAACGGGGGUAUUCUAUCAGGAGUGACAUUUCCUUUUCUCUAUUGAGUGACCGUCAUCUGGCGUCCUUUUCGCGUCCUUGCGUCCAACGGCUUGUCUUGAUGGGGCCAAAGUAUUAGCCGAGUGCUCAACAUAUUCCCUGGAUAUCUCCUUAAUGUCCACCAUAUCUUAUCAAGUUUGUAUCUCGAUUAUACUGUUCUCUCUUCGAGACCACAAGGGAAUCCGGUCGAUGACAGACCCUCGACUGGUCUUCCCUUCUUCAU